AUGAAUUCUCUAUCAUCAAUAUUUCCUGUCCUCCUGCUCGUGGAGGUGACAUACAGCCUUUCCAUAGGCAUAUACCACCAGAAAACCAUCACGUCAGCAGUAUUAUGUGAUUCAAAUGACAUACACCGACAGAUUGAACCCAAUAAAAGGCAGUUCCUUGAAUAUGAUGAAUAUGGUAAUCCAGUGGAGCGUGAAGAAGAAGUGAACAUAGACCCUUGCAUACACAGUCCAGAUGGAUUGUUAGUUGAAGUAUAUUGUCCGUACGUUCGUGAAGCUAUGACUAUAGGGUAUACAAUUUCCAACAAAGUUUGCCCUAACGAUCAAAUUAUCUUUCAUUUCACAAGAACGUCCUACGGAGGGUUUGGUCAUUUUGAAGUUGUCGGCAAUAUCAGCACAUUGCACGGAGCAGCAUUCAAAGCUGAAUUCAAAAUAUCAGACCUGCAUUUGGAGAAUAUGGGUAUAACCAGAAUAGCGCCCGGUGCAUUUAAUUUCCAGACGACCAUAAAGUCAAUUUUUUAA